AUGGCCGGAAAGAGCUCGGAAGCGGAGACUUUACCAAGCCGCUCGGCCUCGAGCAAAGGGCUCCAGCGGAAGCUCACCGAGAUUCCUGAAACAAACGCUCCUGUCACAUGUCGCGUGCAGUUUUUGCUCCUGGGAGAGGGUGCCCGGGACUUCGCUGGUUUUGUGACUACGACCGAGAUGGCCGAAUCGUAUCUUGGGCGCCAACAGCACGAAGUUGCUGAGGGCAAGGAUGGGCUUUCCACGACGAGCACCCUCGGUGAACGUUUCCUGCUCUUCUGCCCUCGGGUGGAUCGUGAAGAAGGUCUUGGGUGCCUUGGGUAA